CCCGUAUCGUCCAUGUUCAUGCUGCCUCCACCACUGUUAGAUUCACUGUUGUAACUGUGCUCCAGGGCGUCUAGGUUACGAGCCAGAUCAGACAAAUCGGGUGCGGUGAACUGAACCGAUCGCGGAAGUGGAUUUUUAGUGCAAUCACGCAAUCUAGGCCUGGACUUACGGAGAAGCGAGUUUAGCGCAUGCUGUGCGCAAAGCAUGGAUCCCUCCUGCUGUCUCUCAUGGUAUAUGAGAGGUGAGAGUCUAUCGAGGCCCACCAUGACAGAUGAGAGCACUGCCAACAACCCGGCAGCAGACAGCGCUGAGACUCCUAAAAGCAAUCGCUAUGUGGAUUAUGUAAUGGCUGUCUUCGACGCACUCUCUCCGUUACAGUUUCAUCAUACAGCCGAGCCAGGAGCUUAUGAUGCUGCGGAGCCACGUUGGGACCACGCUUUCCCAGGCGUUCUCAGCUUUGUUCUUCCUUGCGACCAUCUUGGAUGUCGCAGCUCAAGGACAUGGAGCACCGUUCGAUUGCGAGCCAAUUGUCGACGGCGUCAGAUACGAUUUGACCGGUUUGAAGGGCUUGCAGGUCGUGCAAUGGGAAGUCGAGUCACCGCCGAGCAAGUUCAUAGACGAGCUGAGGUUUGAUCUGUGCGAGAUGCUGCUUUCAGUGGGGGGAAGAUCGACUGAGGACCAGUGUCCGUCCGGUACGGUUGCCUGUCUCACGAAGAUAAACAGAAAGGGCGGGCAGGGCACAGACAGAAUAACAGCUGUGGUACCCUCUUCGGAAGGCCUGUCUAUAGUAUUACAUGGCCUCCCUUAUCCAAGCUCUUCCCCAGACUCGGUGCCUCAAUCUCUCAGGAUUCAUCUUGCAUGUGCAGAAAGUACCUCACAUCCACUGCUUGCAUCUUAUGAACAUGGACAAGCAACCGUGGAGUGGAGCUCUCGUUGCGCGUGUAAGGCUCACCAAGGACAACCACCAUCCCGAGAGGAUGAAAAACAGGGUGGCAACGAGGAAAAUCCUGAUGACGUACCUAUAGAACACAUCGGGAGUGGUUUAGGCUUUUUCUUCUUGAUGCUUCUGUUCGCUUUCGGUGCCUACAUCGCUUUAGGCGUCUACUACAACUAUUCAGCCUAUGGCGCCCGUGGGUUGGACUUGAUUCCACAUCGAGACUUCUGGAGAGAAGUACCUUACAUGCUACAGGAUGUUGUUCACCACCUAUGUUCGAAUGUUCGACCGCGGCAUUCCGGCCGCAGGGGUUAUGUUGCUGUCUGAUCCAUCGUUGGGUGUUAUGGGUGUACAUAGGGUGUGUUGGACAAUGGCUUUGGACCAUUCUAUGGACCAUUCUACGGACUUGGCUUAGGUACCUCCUGUCCGCCAUGUAGUUACCCGUAAGUAACUUGUGUUGUGAUGCUGUCGGCCUACUGGAGCCACCGGCUAAUUUGAUGUUUGAGCCUCGUG